AUGCAGGAGCACAUCCGGAGAGCCCACCCGAACCACUACAUUCCGAAGCUCCCGGCGACCGAGGAGAGCUUCAUCUUGAUGGUGACCACCCCUCCAGACCAGCGGGCCCAUCUAUCUCCUUCAACUCAAGCUCCAUCUCGGCGACGCAAUGAAGUCGCUGAUCGAGAUAUCUACGUUGCUGACGCUAGCUCGCCGGCAACCCCGCGGGGCAUCGACGAGACUCACCCCGCGGCAGCAACCGCCGCCGUCGCAUUGGCUCAAUUGCACCAUAACCGUCUAGCAUCCGAUUGGGAUACGGACAUGGAGACUCACUCGGACAACGACCGAGACCGCCUGCGAUCGGUUGAACUGCCUUCCCUUCGGGAGCACUUCAAGCAGGAGGCAUCGCUGCCUCCAUUCUCGUCCCCUCGUCCUCGCGAGCUUCUCCCGUCCAUAUUGACGCACUCCCCGCCCGGUCGCUCUUCCACUCUGCCUCCCAUUCAGCAUCGAGACAAGCUUCCCCGCCCUCGCAAGUCAUCCAUUUCUAGAGCUAGAAAACCGAAGCACGAGCGGACCAGAUCGAAGGAAUACGGUCGACGCCCUAGUCUGGGCGAUCGCAAGGCGCUAUCUGCAGAACCACAGACUGCAGCAUGGGCUCAAGGCAAGCGCUGGGAAGAUUUAAUUGAAGCUGCUACCUCGGCCACGGAAGCGGAUGACGAUCAUAAUUCGGAUGUUGGUCGGUCGCCUACGAUGCCCCCGUUGAUCUCCAAUAUCACUUCGGCGCCUUCGGUCGGCAACCACCGGUCUUCGUUACCCCCGGCUUUUCAACCCUCACCAGGACUGCCGCCACCGACCUCUCAUCGGCCUUUCCCACCUCAUGCCUAUGCGGCGUCACCGCUGCAUAAAUCUCUGACUCCGCCCCCGUUUGAUACCGCACGCAGUCGUGACAGUGAUUUGGAACCAUUCCCUUCCAUUGAAUCCUCGCUAGAUUCGGCAUCGACGGCAUCAGGGAAAACUUAUGCAUUCUCGAGUCAUAUGAGCACCUCGAACAACGAGUCUAGCCCAGUAUUGAACAUGUAUCCUUCUUCUGCAUCCCAACGCCAGCAUCAUCGGUUUUCAAACCCCACCCCUGCAUCAUACCGCAAUAGAGAGAUUCAAAUCUAUUGCGCCAGUUGCAAACGCCCAUGGGCUCUGAAUGAAUGCUAUGCCUGCACAGAAUGCAUUUGCGGCGUGUGCCGAGAGUGUGUCGGAUUGUUCAUCAGCAGUCCGCCCGCAUCCUUUAGGAAUGUGACGUCGAGUCCGGGCAGCGCGAUGUCGCAUGGACCGACAAGCUAUCCCAGUCCCCGUGGCUGCCCUCGCUGCCGCACGAAAUUUUAUGUUUUACGGAUGUUACGAUUAAUGGCUUUGAGGGUGCACGGUUACUCAAAAUUAUGGAGCAAUGACAUGAGCCAGGCACACGAGCAUCACCCAGUGGUCGAUGAGUAUAUGAUGUCGCCCUUGACUGUUUAUAUCUCGGAACGAGUUAUUGAAGGGCUGGCCCGACCAUGA